AUGCGAAAUCCAAAAAAUUUGCGUCUCAAUGUGUCUUCGAGAGUCCAAGAUGCUGGGAUUCAAGAACCAGUGAAAGCAACAUACUUAAAAAAAACACCAGAAUCAGAAAUUGACAACAAUGCGGAAAAAACGGUUUCCAGGCAAGAAAGAAAUGACAAAAAAGGAGACCAAAUUCCUGCAGUUCCAUUUUUGAAAUUGAAAUUUGCAUCCCAUUUUCAGUUUCGAUACGCCACAGAAUCAGACAUUUUUCUCAUGGUCAUUGGAAUUAUAUGCAGCAUAGGUUCUGGAUUGACAGUGCCAGCAAAUAUUUUUAUUUUUGGGGACCUAGUUGGCUCUAUGGUGAAUGCAGAAAUGAUGAAUUCAAUCCAACAACCUGGCAUGAAUUACACGACAUCCAUGUUGGAUGAUAUUAUGAACGCUGUGACAAAAUUUGCAAUUGGAAAUUCAAUCAUCGGUGUGGUCAUGUUACUACUCACAUAUUUUAGUGUGAUGAUUUUUAACUACACGUCACAAAGACAAACUUUCCGCGUAAGAACAAUGUAUCUCAGGUCAAUUUUACAUCAAGAUAUCAGCUGGUAUGACAUCAUGAGUUCUGGCGAUGUAGCAAGCAGAUUAACUGAAGACGUGAUCAAAUUCGAAGAUGGCAUUGGCGAAAAAGUGGUGAUGUUUUUACACAAUUCCUUUGCCUUUUUGGGCUCUGUUGGUCUUGCAUUUUACAAUGGAUGGAAGUUGACUCUUGUCUGUGUUGUAUCAUUUCCUGUUAUGGUAAUAAUUCUCAUCAGUAUAGCCAAGGCAACUUCUAGGAUGACUCGAAAGGAAGUAGAAGUAUACGCAGUAGCAGGAGCAAUUGCCGAAGAAGCUUUAUCCGCAAUACGAACUGUCGUUGCUUUUGGUGGUCAAAAGUCAGAAUUUGAAAGGUACACAAUUAAUCUGCAAAAAACUUACAGUACCAAUAUUAAAAAGGGACUUCUGGCUGGUCUCGGAUUUGGUUUAGUGUGGUUUUUUAUUUAUGCAAGCUACGCUCUCUCGUUUUGGUAUGGAGUUACGUUAAUUCUUGAGGACAGAAAGCUUCCUCCUGGAGAUCAGACUUACACUGCAGCAACGAUGGUAACGGUCUUCUUCAGCGUUAUGAUGGGAAGCAUAAACAUGGGAGCUGCUUCUCCAUUCAUUGAAGCUUUCGGGAUUUCGAAGGCAGCAGCAGCGAAAGUAUUUUCCAUUAUUGAACGGAAACCCGCAAUCGAUACCAUGACUCCGGAAGGCUUAAAGCCAACAGAUAUUGAAGGUUGCAUUGAAUUCAAAAAUGUUUCAUUUGAAUAUCCAUCGAGAAAUGGAGUGAAAGUUCUUCGAAAGCUCAAUUUCUCUAUAAACAAAGGACAAACCGUGGCAUUGGUUGGCAGUUCUGGUUGCGGAAAAUCGACUUGCAUCCAACUCAUUCAGCGAUUUUAUGAUCCAUCCGAAGGACAGAUUUUAAUCGAUGGAUACAACUUACGAGAAUUAAAUCCUAAAUGGUUUAGAAGCCAUUUGGGAAUCGUUGGUCAGGAACCCGUGCUCUUUGACACAACAGUAGCUGAAAAUAUUCGUUAUGGAAAUAUUGAUGCGACUAUGGAAGAAAUUGUAUCUGCAGCCAAAGAAGCAAAUGCUCACGACUUCAUAAUGAAACUGCCAAACAAAUAUGACACACUUGUGGGUGAAAGAGGGGCGCAAAUUUCUGGAGGUCAAAAACAAAGAAUUGCAAUUGCCAGAGCAAUUGUUCGAGAUCCAAGUAUCUUACUACUUGAUGAGGCAACUUCUGCACUUGACACUGGCAGUGAGUCAAAAGUGCAAGCCGCUUUAGACAAGGCGAACCGAGGAAGAACUACAAUUAUUGUAGCACACAGACUGACAACUAUUCGAGGAGCUGAUAAGAUCGUUGUUUUAUGCAAUGGAGAGGCCGUGGAAGAAGGUACUCACGAUUAUUUGAUGGAUUUGGAAGGGCAUUAUUUUUCGCUCGUCACAGCUCAGGUAUCUGACUUUACUGAAUCCAGCACUGCAAUUACGAACCAAACAAGUAACAAACAGGAAGAUGAUGAUGAGGAUGAAUCAGUUGAUAUGAAAUUGGAGGAUUUAAAUCAAGACGUCAAUAAAACAACUAAAAAAGUGUCGAUGAUGAGAAUCUUGGAGCUAAAUCAACAAGAAUGGCCUUUCAUCCUUCCUGCUUGUUUUACAUCGAUAAUUGUCGGUUGUUCUAUGCCACUCUUUUCAAUUUUAUUCGGAGAUGUCAUUGGUGUCCUUUCGGGCCCAGAUUCAGAUGAAGUUCGUCAGGAAACAAACAGAUACUGCACCUGGUUUGUAGUAGCUGGAGUGAUUAUUGGUGUAUCCAAUUUUAGCCAGAUUUUUCUCUUCAGCGUAUCAAGUGAAUGUUUGACAAUCAGAUUACGAGGUCUGAUAUUCGAAGCAAUAUUGAAACAAGAAAUAGGUUGGUUUGACAAUCCCGCCAAUGGUACAGGAGCCCUGUGCUCAAAACUUUCAACAGAAUCAGCAGCUGUUCAGGGUGCUUCAGGACAGAGGAUUGGAACUAUAAUUCAAUCAAUUAGUACUAUCAUACUUGCCAUUACAUUGUCAAUUUACUAUGACUGGAGAUUAGGAUUAGUGGGAAUGUCCUUCAUCCCUCUAAUUCUUGUAGUCACAUAUCUACAGGGUUUAGUUUUGACAAAUGAGACUUUCAAUUAUCAUCUGAGUUUGGAAACUUCGACGAAGAUUGCUGUCGAAGCAGUAAGUAACGUAAGAACCGUUGUUGGACUCGGGAUAGAAGAUAAUAUCUACAAAUGUUACAUAAAUUCAAUGGAACCAUCUUUCAAAGCAGGAAAGAGAAAUACUCAUUACAGAGGUUUGGUUUUUGGAUUAGCUCGAUCCAUUAUAUAUUUUGCUUAUGCAGCCUGCAUGUAUUACGGAGGAUACUUAAUAAAAAAUAAUAAUCUGUACUAUGCCAACGUUUUUAAAGUAUCUCAGGCACUCAUUAUGGGUACUGUAAUGGUUGCAAAUGCAUCUGCAUUUGCUCCAAAUGUUCAAAAGGGAUUACUCGCAGCUGCAAACAUAAUUAAUCUUUUUGAACGAGUACCAAAAGUUCAAGAUAGCAAAAACGCCGAAGAAAUUGAUAAGAAUUCAAGUGGCAUUGUGCAAUAUAAAAAAGUAGCAUUCGAGUAUCCAACAAGAGUUGGAAUACGAGUUUUGAGUGACUUAAAUCUUGAGGUACCACCUGGAAAAACAGUGGCAUUAAUUGGUAGUAGCGGUUGUGGUAAAAGCACCCUUAUUCAGUUACUUGAAAGGUUUUAUGACCCUAUGUCAGGAGCUGUGGAAUUUGACAAUAAAAAUAUAGCAAAUAUGAAACAAGCAUCAUUAAGAAUGCAGAUGGGAUUGGUUUCUCAAGAACCGACACUAUUUGCAAGAACCAUUGCAGAAAAUAUAGCUUAUGGCGACAAUACGAGAGAAGUACCAAUGUCAGAAAUUAUCGCAGCAUCCAAAAAGGCUAAUGCUCAUAAUUUCGUUUCAUCCUUGCCGCUUGGAUAUGAUACGAAAUUAGGGGAUAGAGGGACUCAACUUUCCGGUGGUCAAAAACAAAGGAUUGCUAUUGCCAGGGCUCUUAUCAGAGACCCUAAAGUCCUGUUGUUGGAUGAAGCCACAUCUGCACUGGACAGUGAAAGCGAAAAGAUCGUUCAAGCAGCACUAGAUGAGGCGAAAGAAGGUAGAACCUGCAUUCUAAUUGCUCACAGGCUAUCUACAGUAGAAAAUGCAGAUAAAAUAUGCGUAGUAAAUAGCGGUGUGAUCGCUGAAAGUGGUUCCCACCAAGAACUGAUUGAAAAGAAAGGUUUUUAUUAUGAACUGUUAUGUUUGCAAAAUGUACGUAAAUAA